GUUGGCCAAUCGUAAUGCAGGUGGGCGGAGUUUAUGUCUGAAUAGGGUGUGGAAAAAAAGCGGUAUAAACGUCUCAUGAAUGAAGCGGUUCUCUGUUAGUCCACCGCUGUUUCUCCCGCUGACAGUGGACAGGUCACUCCCAGCUUCAUCUACACUGAGUUUACAAGUUGUUACUGACUUUAGUUAAAGUUGAACUUUCCUGAAAGCCACAGACCGCAUACAGUUGUGAAGGGAAGGCAGAAGAAUGUGCGACUGUGAUAACUCUGAAGAUGUCAAAGGAGAGAAAAACGGACCUGUUCCUGUGGAGAGCAACAUAUCGACGAGUGAACAUGUAGGAGACCACAUAGAGUGCAAGGAAAUUUCUUCUGAGAAUCCCCAAGUGCGCAGCACCCGUUUGUAUAAGAGAAGAUGGGCCAUAGUCUUUCUCUUCAGCUCCUACUCGCUGUGCAAUGCCUUCCAGUGGAUCCAGUAUGGGAUCAUCAACAACAUCUUCAUGCACUUCUACAGUGUGAGCUCCUUUGCCAUAGACUGGAUGUCUAUGAUCUACAUGCUGACUUACAUUCCCUUCAUAUUUCCAGUGACCUGGCUGCUGGACAAGAAGGGGCUGCGAGUUGUGGCUCUGGUGGCCAGCUCCAUCAACUGCCUUGGGACCUGGAUCAAAGUGGCCAGCGUUAGACCUCACCUGUUCUGGGUGACUAUGCUGGGACAGUUCGCCUGCUCCUUCGCUCAAGUCUUUAUCCUUGGGAUGCCGUCCCGGAUUGCCUCUGUUUGGUUUGGUUCAGGAGAGGUGUCCACCGCUUGCUCCAUUGGAGUUUUUGGCAACCAGCUUGGUAUUGCCAUAGGGUUCCUGGUGCCUCCUAUUCUUGUGCCCAAUGUGGAAGACCUAGAUGAACUGGCCUACCACAUCAGCAUCAUGUUCUAUAUCACAGCUGGAGUGGCCACACUCAUCUUCAUACUGGUUAUCAUUGUUUUCCAGGAGAAGCCAGACGUCCCUCCCUCUCAGGCUCAGGCAGCAAUGAGAAAUAUGUCCCCACAAGAGUACUCUUACCUGGCCUCUAUUAGGAGACUUGUCUGCAACAAACCUUUUGUCCUACUCAUCAUCACAUAUGGAUUAAAUGUUGGAUGUUUCUAUGCUGUUUCCACUCUGCUGAACCGGAUGAUCAUUGAUCACUAUCCUGGGGAAGAGGUGAAUGCUGGAAGAAUUGGUCUAAUUAUUGUCAUCGCUGGUAUGGUGGGCUCCCUCAUCUGUGGAAUCUGGUUGGACAAAACCAAGACCUACAAGCAGACCACGCUUGCUGUAUAUCUUCUCACCUUUGUGGGCAUGCUGGUCUAUGCCUUCACCCUCAACUUGGGCCAUCUUUGGAUAGUCUUCAUUACUGCAGCAGCUCUAGGAUUUUUCAUGACUGGCUACCUGCCGCUGGGCUUUGAGUUUGCAGUGGAGCUCACGUACCCAGAGUCAGAGGGUACAUCCUCAGGCCUACUCAACUGUUCAGCACAGGUAUUUGGAAUUAUAUUCACAAUCUGCCAAGGCAAGAUCAUUGAUUACUAUGGCACACUAGCCGGCAACAUCUUUCUCUGCGUUUUCCUCUUUUUAGGGACCCUUAUGACAGCUUUUAUUAAAGCAGAUUUGCGGCGGCAGAAGGCUAACCAGCUGGCUGUGAGAGAGGCAGCAGCAGACUCAGGAUGUCAGGAUGGAGGAUUAUUACCAUUGAAAGAAGCCAAGGUCUAGGAGUUGUCUGGAAGUUUUCCUGAUCAACUCUCUCACGCACCUCUGUUUCCAAGACACACACAGAGAAGGGAGACUCAUCAUAAUCAUGCUCAAGGAAAGGUGCUUCCCUUUAUGAGGAGUUUUGUGGUACCGAUUCAGUAUUUGCAAAAGGAUUGCAUUUUGUCUGAAUACAUUCAAACUGCAAGAAAAAUGGCCCGAAGAUAAAGCUGUCGACUCACUGGAGAGCCAGUGCAGUUAGCUGAAAAUCAUAUUAUUCACUGAAGAACAUAUAUGCAAAACAUAAAACACAACUGGAAAGUUGCAAUAUUUAAAUGUGAAAAUUUCCCUAAAAGCACAAUCAUAAUGCUUCUAAUAAUGAACAGCAAUAGCACUCUAAAAUUGAUUGUAUUAAAACCCUAAUUCAUUUAUGUAAUUUAAUGGAUUUUACUUUAUUUAUUAAUGUAUUUAUACAGUGAAGUAAGUGCUAACUAUGCUGAUCAUGCACUUUAAAGCUUAACAUUAUUUACCCUCAUUUUAUAUUCUAUUUUUUAUUAUUAAGAAUUACAACACCUUAUCCAUCCUAAUAAGUGCUUUUCACAUGAGCAAUAUUAAGCUCUUUUCCUUUCCUGUCCUUGCAUUUUACUAAUUCUAUGAGUACCUGACCUAAAUAUUAAUGAAGGCUUUAAUGUGUAAAGUGUGUUGUAUGUUUAGAACAUAUUAGAUAAAUGUAUAUAUGUACAGAUAUAUUCUCAGUUGUCUUGUUAAAAGGGAAUGAAAUGACUGAUUAUGACAUCUCAUUAGGGAUCACUGAGGAGGCACCUGAGCUUUGUUGAUGUGAUGGUUUGUUUGUUUAUUUCUGAGCCAAGAAAAUAUGCAUAUUCUGCUUUUACUGUAAUUCGAGAAUUGAUGUAUAUAUUUUUUGCCUUUUAUAUAUACAGUGGGGAAAAAAUAUUUAGUGAGUCACCAAUUGUGCAAGUUCUCCCACUUAAAAAGAU